AUGGCUACUAUAAAGCAGAUUGAUGGCCGCACAGUUCAUCAAAUACAGUCCGGGCAAGUCAUCGUUGAUCUUUGCUCUGUUGUUAAAGAACUGGUCGAGAACAGCGUUGAUUCUGGCGCAACAAGCAUAGAUGUUCGCUUCAAGAAUCAAGGACUUGAUCUCAUCGAGGUCGCUGACAAUGGAUCUGGUAUUGCCCCUGACAACUACCCCUCUGUGGCUCUCAAGCACCACACGUCAAAGCUCUCAUCAUACUCCGAUAUAGCCACAUUGGAGACGUUUGGAUUCCGCGGUGAAGCUCUUGCUUCCUUAUGUGCUCUGUCCACUGUUAGCAUCACGACUUGUCAACAAGGCGAGGUUCCUAAGGGGAGCAAGCUCAGCUUCGAGCCAUCUGGGAAGCUAAGCGGGACAGCUGUUGUUGCAGCCUCAAAAGGUACCACCGUCUCUGUUGAGCGCCUGUUUCACAACUUACCUGUACGACGUCGUGAGCUUGAACGUAACAUCAAACGAGAAUGGAACAAGGUGAUCGCUCUCCUUGGCCAGUAUGCCUGUAUCCAAACCAAUAUGAAGUUCUCUGUUUCUCAGCAGCCUUCAAAGGGAAAGAGAAUACAGAUGUUCUCAACCAAAGGUAACCCUACAACGAGGGAAAACAUUAUCAAUAUCUUUGGGGCAAAAACCAUGACGGUCCUGGUACCGCUCGAAUUAUGUCUCGAGAUGCAACCUUCUACUGUUAGUCCAGCUCUACGAGUUGGAUCUGACAAUGAUUCUACAUCCAAAGAAGUCCGUGUUGUGGGUCAUGUUUCUCGACCUUCUCAUGGAGAUGGGCGCCAAACCCCAGAUCGCCAAAUGUUCUUCGUGAACGGUAGGCCUUGUGGCUUACCCCAGUUCGCAAAAGCGUUCAACGAAGUGUAUAAAUCUUACAACAACACACAAACUCCUUUCAUCCUAGCUGAUAUUCAGCUCGAUACACACAUGUACGAUGUCAAUGUCAGUCCUGACAAAAGAAGUAUAUUGUUACAUGACCAAAACCAACUGCUCGAUAAUUUGCGUGCUGCACUCACGGAUCUUUUCGAUUCGCAAGACUACCAAGUCCCUACAUCUCAACUAAUGCCAUUUAAGAGUCGCACUGAGACGACACCAAGUGCCAAUACACCUUUCAAACCCCCACAUGUCACUCCUAAAAAGGCCCCUGAUAAUUCCCAUUCACAUCGAGGAUCGGAUGACGAGGCCAGCAAUGAAGACACGCCGCCGUCAAGGAUACUUUCUGGUACUGCAAGAAGAGUUGGCAGUUCAAGGUCGUUGGAAAUAAACGCCAGCAGUCAAAAUCUGAUAAGUGGGUGGGUUGAGAGGGGGUCAACCAAGCGAACAGAAAGCCGAGGCUACAAAGUGUCGAAUGCAGAAGAUGCAACCCAUUCUGCUGUACGAAGGGAGCCGAGCCUAUUUGUCAGGAGUCCCUCGCCAUCAUCGGAACCCGAUGAAAAUAAUGUUAAAAAGUCACUACCUGUCCGAGAUUUCAACAAACAACCCAAAGCGAAUUCUGUCAUUAAAGACAGUACUUCUGCCGUACCAAUUAUUCCUUCUAUUUUGGCUGAGAGAGAACCCCAGAUUCCUGCCACGACACCUUUGAGACGAGGGCAACCCGAUAAUACACAUACUAGUCCGAGUAAACCGUCUCGAGCCACGACUAUACCAGAGACCACUGUCAUCAUAGGAGAUGAAAUAGUAGAAAAGGCUGCAAAUUCUACUGACGACGAAGACGGACAAUCAGGUGACGACGAUAUGGAGGUUGACGAUCCAAAACCUUCUUUCGGGAGUAGCUUGACGCAAAGAUUUACCGCUGGGCGUAGAACGACAAACACGGAAAAGUCACCCUUCAAGGAACCGGGCGCCGAGGUGCCUGAUGACCCGAUAGACUCUGAAUCCGAUGGCGAAAAAUCAGGCAGUGACAUUUCUGCCAGUGAUACGGGAAAGGACCAAAACAUUGACUCUGAAGUAACUGUGCUACGACCUGACGAUCAGGCAACGGAAGAACCAAUGUCACAGGAUGUUUCAUCGGACAGUUCUCCUUCCCCAACAACGGGCGAUACUACCCUGAUGGAGAACAGGAUUCGGGCUUCCAAGUCUAGCGUACGAAAGAAGGAAUCUACCGCUCAGCUCCUCCAGACCUUACAGACGAGUGAGAGCCUCAUAAAAUCAGAGUUGAGCUUAUGGGCAGAUGGUCUUCCCUCGGAUAGAGACAUUCAGGCUGGUGAGGAUGAGGUGGCAGAUCUUGCUGCUGCCAACGCGGAAGACAAGCUGUCUCUCACCAUAGCUCGCAAAGACUUUUUGAGAAUGAGAAUAGCGGGCCAGUUUAAUAUGGGCUUUAUCAUUGCAAGCCGUCCAGCGAGUAUGAGAUCGGGCGAAGAGCUCGAGGCCGCUGACAACGAUGAACUGUUUAUCAUCGACCAGCAUGCAACGGACGAAAAGUACAACUUUGAGAGAUUGCAGGAGGUCCAAACUGUACAGUCUCAGCGGUUGGUUCACCCGAAGAGGCUCGAGUUGACAGCUCUUGAGGAAGAGAUCAUCCUACAAAACAUACCGGCAAUCGAAGCCAAUGGGUUUAAAGUACAUGUUGACAUGAGUGGAGAUGAGCCCGUGGGCUCACGUUGCGAAGUGCUGGCACUUCCCAUGAGCCGCGAGGUCACCUUCUCGCUCGCAGACUUUGAGGAGCUCAUAGCAUUGCUUGGUGAAGAAUCAUCAGAGUCGAAACACAUCCCUCGCCCAUCCAAGGUCAGGAAGAUGUUUGCGUCAAGAGCAUGCCGGAGUAGUGUAAUGAUUGGUAAGGCUUUAACACACGGACAGAUGGAGACGUUGGUACGGCACAUGGCAGAGUUGGACAAGCCUUGGAAUUGCCCUCACGGCCGUCCUACAAUGAGACAUUUGUGUCGACUAGACUCGUGGGAUUCGAAGGGAUGGGGGGACGACGGCCUACAGAGCUCUUCGGUCUCCUGGAAGGCAUACAUGGACGGUAAAUAA